AUGAGAGAGCUCUCCCAAGCUCAUAUGGCAAAUCCCGCCGUACAGGCAGACCCGCUGUUGCGCUGGCUCCACGAAGAAUGGGGACACUUACCACCCACAAAAUUGUACGGCCUGUUAUCUAGCUUUUCUAACCAAAAGCCUGACGUUAGCCGCAGUCAGUGCGAGCUCAUUGUUCAGUCCUGCUUGCAGUGUGUGCAGUUCAUCAUAACUGGCUCAGCAAAUGUAGUUCUUAAUAAACAAACUAAUGCCCCUGAGCAGGGCUCCUAUUAUUCUGUUUUACAGGUUAUACUGCCCUUCCUCACAACAUCUUUGCCCACGGAACCCUUAGGAGAAGGUGGACUACAAACAUGGUUCGCCGCCUACUGGGUGCAGGAGGUCAGCAGAAACCAGUCCCUGUCAGCGCUGAAUCCAGAACAUUGUCUUGUUUGCUCUACUCAGUUCUCACCUAAAUAUCCAUUACCCUUUCAAUUUGUACCAAUAGUUUAUAAUUUUUCUUCAUUUAAUUUAUCUAAUGUAAAUUGUUCUUCCCCCUAUGUGCAGUGGGCUGCUUCUAGUGUUUGGAAUAAUUGUUCUUCACAAUUUAAUUCUUACGUGUUUCCAGUUCUUAAUGCUUCAGGUGGAAGUGAUCAUAGCUUUCCUUUAAUUGAUAGUAUUAGAGUUCCAGCAUCUCAUUGUUGGGUUUUUGUUGGUAAUAGUUUAACCCCAGCCCCUACUUGGGUGGGUACUUAUUCUAAUUGUUCUAUGUGGAGUUUCUCUUAUGCUAAUACCUCCCUAACUAAACCCACUCUUACUUACACCUACCCCCCUCCCCUUAAUUGUUCUUAUCGUCUUAAUUAUAACAUUCUUUUUGGAACCUUCUAUACCUCCAUAACACAUACGUAUCUGUUCCAUGCCCAGCAUAUGCAUCAUGCUGAGGCUGCAUGUAUCAAUCGUGCAUCCAGCUUUUUCUCCAUGGACAAUAAUAGGUGGAGCCAGACCACAAUUUCUUCCUUAAGACCCGGUCAUUUUUGGAUUUGCGGUAAUGUCGCAUUUGCUGUGCUUCCUCCCAACCCCCGGGGUAUAUGCACCAUUGGCACCCUGUAUCUACAGGGGGGAGGUAUUUAUACCUUGCCAUCUAGCCACCGACACCGUCAUAGUACCCGCUCAUUUUGGACUCGUUUGCAAACAGCAGCUUCCUCCCUCGCCUCCUCUGUUGUUAGUUUUAACCCUGUCGGUUAUAUGAUGUUACGUGAUCAAGUGCUGUUUCAAUCCCUUGCUAUUGAAAUGCUUGCUAAUACUACGGCCAAAGGCCUCUCCUUAGUUAAUCAGCAGUUAAAUUCCCUUGUUCAGUAUAGUAUUCAAAAUAGAUUAAUGAUUCAAUAUUUGUUACAAUCUCCCUCAUUUUGUACUAAAUUUGCUGAAGUAUAUCCCGAGUUUGCUGAUAAAUGUUGCGUUUCUUUGCCUUCUAUUUCUCCUAAUUUGUCCUCAAUUGUUAAAGACCUGCAAACGUUGAGCUCUACUGUCAAAGAGUCACGAGAGUCCUUCCAGUUUUGGUCAUGGCUCAAUUGGUUUGGCCUUGCGCCCUACAAAUCUUAUUUCCAAUCCCUGUUUGUGUCCCUUCUGGUUGGGCUCGCUCUUCUCUGUCUCGGAUGUGCCUUCAUUAAAGCCUGCAUUCACAAGUUUGUUGCCUCGGCCUACAUCACUUCCACCCCCGAAGCGCAUCCCCUCGUAGGUGGGAAUGAGGAGUCGGACUCAGAAGUUUAGGUUUUCAGCCAAACUAUUUCGGCCAGGGCACGGGGGCAUGUUAAGAUAAGUUCCUGUCUGUAUCCUAAAACUUGCCCAUACUGGUAUUGCCCUGGCCUCUUCCUUUGUCAUUCAGUGUUAAACACAUUCUGAACUAUAUGCAUUUCCUCACCUUUUGGGGGCGAAGCCAGACUUUCAGGCACCUGCUCCCCUACUUGGUGUAAACUUUGCUUGUACCAAUCAGAAACGAACACACACAGUUUUUGGGCCCCGUCCCCUAUGACACUUCUAUGAUGUCAUAGUGGGUAUUUUAGGCUGGUCUGCCAUGUGCAGGCAGAAGAGGAGAAAGAAAAACGAAUCCUGUGUACCUUGUACACACCCGUA